UGUCACCUGUCAGUGUCCAUCAGUGCCAGCUGUUAGUGCUCAUCAGUGCCACAUGCCAGUGCCCAUCAGUGCCACAUCAAUGCCACAUAUCAGUGCCUACCAGUGCACAUCAAUGCCACAUAUCAGUGCCCAUCUGAGCUGCCUUUCAUCAGUGCCACCUAUCAAUGCCAAUCAGUGCCACCUAUCAUUGCUGCCAAUCAGUGCCACCUAUCAGUGCCAGUCAGUGCCGCCUAUCAGUGUGCAUCAGUGCCGCCUAUCAGUGUCAGUCAGUGUCGCUUAUCAGUGCCGCCUAUCAGUGCCAGUCAGUGCCGCCUGUCAGUGCUGCCUAUCAGUGCUGCCUUUCAGUGCCCAU